AUGGCCAUCAUCAGGCCCGAACAAAAUGAGCAGCCCAAUCGCCUCCUACUCAUCAGCGUACCCCGCACAGCCUCCAACCUGCUCCUAAAGAUCCUCAACAUCCCAAAUCAACCAAACGUCUUAACUAGCCCAAAGGGCGGCUACUUCUUCUUCGAUGCCUUCAUGGCAGCCGGCAAAGAAGGCCGCCUAAACAAACCGCUCUCACAAUGGACCGACAAUGAUAAAACCGAAGUCCAAAACGCCUUCCAAGUCAGCCUCGACAACUUGGAAGCCUACUCAGCACGCGCACGCGCCGAGAACAAAAUCAUGUUCGCCAAAGAACACGCCUUCUGGUUCACAAAUCCUGGCGUCUUCACCAGCAUGCGCGACGGCUCCAACAAAGUAGACGAUAUGAAGUCUUUCCACGUCACCACACCGGACAGCUACGGCGCCCUGACCUUCUCCGCGCACAACGAUACCAUCCUUCCAGAUCAGUAUCUACGCACGUGGAAGCUGGCUUUCAUCAUCCGUCACCCGGCACUCGCAUGGCCAUCCAUGUAUCGGGCCAUGCAGAAGAUAUCGCAGGCUGGUUAUAUCGACGAAGAUGGUAUAAAGGGUAUGGGCAUGGCGAACAUGAGUAUGUCGUGGACACGCCGGCUGUUUGACUGGGCGAUGGAGCAGCCGGAUGUGCCGAGUCAGCCGUUGGUUAUUGAUGCCAAUGAUGUGAUCCAUAACCCUGCUGUUGUGGUGCGGUUCUGUGAGCUUGCGGGGCUUGAUACUGGGUCUAUGCAGUUUGAGUGGGGUGGGAAUGGGGUUAUUGAGAAGAAGUCUGAGACUUGGUCGGCGGAUCGCGCGAGCGCGGGGGAUGCGGCGGAGAUCGAGAGGCAGAGGAGUGCUGCUGCUAUUAUGCUUUCUACGCUUGAGGCGUCCAAUGGUAUUGUUAAGGAUAAAGCGCCUGCUGGUGUUGAUGUUGAUGUUGAGGUUGCGAAGUGGAAGGUUGAGUUUGGGGAUGAGGUUGCUGCUGUGCUUGAGAAGGCUACUAGGGAUGCGAUGGAUGAUUAUGAGUAUUUGAAGGAGCGGAGAGUUACGGUGUAG